AUGAAGAGGGUAUCAGAGGUAAGGGACUGCACAAUUUCAGUUGAAACAACUCAGCAAAACUGUGUGAUCACCCUCUCCAUAGACAGAGCCAGUCCUCCUCAGUCUGUCGAUAGUCAUUACAACCACGUAUCAGCGUUUACAGAGUGCUCAUCAACCUUGCUCAGUACCGUGGCACAUAAAGGAACAGAUUGGCAUAGUAGUCAAGGAGCACCGGGACACCAUUCAACCCAGUCACCACUGUCACAGCACACAGAGGAUCUUAUCAACAAGAUAGAGAGAUUGGGGGGGACAGUGAAUGAACGUGACAAUCACAAAGGGACCCAAACAUUGAUGCAGGAUGGCAAAGGCGUGAUGAGGGAGGACAGAGAGACUGAGAGAGGGAGCAAAGCUUAUAGGGAGCCAGGUGAGGUAAGCAAGGACACUAUACAUUCACCUGGCGCACACGUGCACAGUCAUGUUUACCCCAAAAAGUCAGUUCAUCAAGUGACCCCUAAGUGUCCUAAGUCUCCAAAGUGCUUUGCCUCAGUUGGAACCCCUCUAAUGCCACUUGAGAUACACAUACCAAGGACCGUGUUCUAUGGUGUCGGGGAGGCAAGCUUCCAAAGUGAAUACGACCAGAGCUGCGAAGGAGAGGGAGGAAAAGGUGUGGAGAGGAAGGACAGUUGGAGGAUCGGCAAGCCCUCGUCUCACAUCGAAUCCUUGCGAGAGAAAAUCCAACAGAGAGAGAAGGAGAGGCUGAGGAACACGGAGGGAGUGGCAACGACGGAGGACGGUGGAGAUGCGACUGAGGGGACAGAAAAGGCUGGGACUGGAAGGACUAGAAAAGCUUCACGUUCAGACUGGUGUGAGGAAGGAGAGAUGGGGAACGAAACAGAGCGAGAGAGACAGAGACAGGAAGGCUCCCCACCGCAGACAACAUCCACUCAGUUUGACGUCACACAGGAAGUGAGCGUGUCAAAAGCCGUCUCCCAGCUUCCUGUUCCUCUCUCGUUCUCGCAAGCUGUCAAAGGAGAGAAAGAAACCAGAGGGAUCUCCAUCGCAGCCUGUGAAGUAGCCUUGUUCAGCUCUCACACAACUGAGAGAGGGGAAGAUCCAACCAAACAUGUACUAGCAGAGUUACGGUGCGACAGGGGUCGGCAGAGGAAACAGAACACCGGAGGCAGAGGAGAAGAAGGAGAGGAUAAACUCUCGGAGGAAGAGUACAGGCUGCAUUAUCUGCCUCCUUCACACUCUCCCGCGCCCUUAGACUCUCUCUCCCCCUCUCUGCUUCACCCUCCCCCUCUUGCUGAAAUGAGCCGGAUCUAUAACUUGAAAACGGUGGGGUCCAGGGCGGCGGUGUGCAUGAGUGACAGGACCGUGGAUAGGCCUAUCCCAUCACACACUCCUAAGGUACAGUCCGACAUAUCCGCAGAACAGCAGGAGCCAUGCAGUCCAGAGAGAUCAGUUGGGAGGCUGACACAGAAGCAGCUGUGGUGUGGUGGUGGGGCUCCUGGGAAUAAAGCCUCUUCCAGCGAUGAGAAGUCCGGACUUCAGACUGUACAGCGUCAGGUGGAACAGCUUCAGUUGCGAGAACAACAGGAAGUACAGAGACUAUCACAUGACGACAACGCAGCACAGUCGUCUUUUGGACAAAAUAUUAAUUUGAAAGAUAAAGAGUCUAAAGCUCAGCAAAGCCCUAGGAUAUCACACAAUCAGCCUAAUAAGGAACCUCAGCAUCCGAGGCAAAAGGACCAGCAAACAAUCCUAAAUCCCAGAAAAUCUCAGUCCAAUCUGCAAUCCAACCAACCCAAACAGGCCCGAUCCAUUACCAUCAACUCCAGAUCUGUCCUGACCCCCUCUCCUGAGAACUCAUUACACCCAGACCAGGGAGUACCAACCACCCCAUCAGCUUCCCCAUCCCAGUCCCCCUCCGUCUCUCCCUCCCCUUCCCCUUCUCCGGCCCAUUUCACCAUCAGAAGCCUCUCUGGAGGCCAGCAGGUCAAGAGGGGCACCACCAUCACCAUCACCCCCAGGAAGCGUGUUGGAGGGGCAGUCGUGGAAGCUGUUUCAGUAUCCUCUAGACCCCUGGCCAAUACGUCUGCCCAGUCCCAGAUGCCUGUCCUAACCGAGGAAGGAGAGAGAGGCAAGAAGAGGUACCCCACUGCGGAGGAGAUCGAAGUGAUCGGCGGGUAUCAGAACCUGGACAAGUCCUGCCUGGUCAAGACUUCCAAAGCAUCUCCCAAAGGGGUGAAGGUGUGCUUCGACGAGACCCAGCUGGAGCAGGUGUGUGAGUACCCAUCAGAGACCUCCAUGUUUGACUCCACCCACUACCCCUUACUUGGUCAGAUGAAAGGGAGGGAGGAGGAGGUGAAGGAGGAAGACGAGGAGGAGAGAGGAGUGCUUGUGUCCAGGAGCAGCAGGAAUGUGGGGGCAGCGGUUGGCCUGAGAGUGCUGAGAGUGGUAACCCAGGUGAGAGCCCUCCCGAUCAUCAGUGUGAUGAGGUAGGCUAUCUUGGAGCGAUCCAAGAGGAAGGAGGAGGGCUGAAGCUUGAAGACGAGGAUACAUUGAGCUAGGAACGCCCGACAGGUGCUCGGCUCUCCAUUGAAGCAUUCCGGAGGAGGUAAGUAGGGCUCUCAAGAAGGUGGAGUGAUCAAUGAGACGGCGCUGCUUGUACUUCGCGGCUGAGCCGUUGUUGCUCCUAGACAUUUCCACUUCACAAUAAAAGCAUUCACAGUUGACCAGGGCAGCUGUAGCAGGGCAGACAUUUGAAGAACUGACUUGUUGGAAAACGUGACUGUACCAUGUUGAAAGUCACUGAGCGCUUCAGUAAGGCCAUUCUACUGCCAAUAUUUGUCUAUGGAGAUUGCAUGGCUGUGUGCUCGAUUGUAUACACCUGUCAGCAACGGGUGUUGCUAUAAUAGCCCGAAUCCACUCAUUUGAAGGUGUGUCCACAUACUUUUGUAUUUAUAGUGCAGCUGAAUACCUGUGCAAACCAUUGCAAAACAUUCUGCAACUAAACCAAGUUUUUCUUAUUGGACAAGUCCAGGUUAGUCCCUCUCAGUUUUCGCCCGUCUGCAUCCGUUUGGUUUUUAGUGAAUACACCCCUCAGUCAUGAAAUGUGGUUGUCCAGUCUGAAAUGUGGUUGUCCAGUCAUGAAAUGUGGUUGUCCAGUCAUGAAAUGUGGUUGUCCAGUCUGAAAUGUGGUUGUCCAGUCGGAAUUGUGGUUGUCCAGUCUGAAAUGUGGUUGUCCAGUCUGAAAUGUGGUUAUCCAGUUUGAAAUGUGGUUGUCCAGUCUGAAAUGUGGUUGUCCAGUCUGAAAUGUGGUUGUUCAGUCUGAAUUGUGGUUGUCCAGUCUGAAAUGUGGUUGUCCAGUCUGAAAUGUAGUUGUCCAGUCAUGAAAUGUGGUUGUCCAGUCUGAAAUGUGGUUGUCCAGUCUGAAAUGUGGUUGUCCAGUCUGAAAUGUGGUUGUCCAGUCAUGAAAUGUGGUUGUCCAGUCUGAAUGUGGUUGUCCAGUCAUGAAAUGUGGUUGUCCAGUCUGAAAUGUGUUUGUCCAGUCUGAAAUGUGGUUGUCCAGUCUGAAAUGUGGUUGUCCAGUCUGAAAUGUGGUUGUCCAGUCUGAAAUGUGGUUGUCCAGUCUGAAAUGUGGUUGUCCAGUCAUGAAAUGUGGUUGUCCAGUCUGAAAUGUGUUUGUCCAGUCUGAAAUGUAGUUGUCCAGUCUGAAUUGUGGUUGUCCAGUCUGAAUUGUGGUUGUCCAGUCUGAAUUGUGGUUGUCCAGUCUGAAUUGUGGUUGUCCAGUCUGAAAUGUGGUUGUCCAGUCUGAAUGUGGUUGUCCAGUCUGAAUUGUGUCUCAUAACUCCUCUUUAUCUCUCUAUUUUACAGAUGAGUCUUGCCAUCGGUAGACAUCAGUCGGCUCGCCAAAUUGCUCAAGUUAUGUGGUUAAGAUUAGAUUUUAUCUUGCAAUAUGACUUUUGUUUUCCUGUAUUUUGUUUCUUUGAAACUAUUCAUUUAAUGUUUGUGAUCUUUUUUGAUGUACAAUAUUUUAUUUUACAUAGGAUCAGGGAAUAUUGGUUUUGAAUAAAAGAAAACAACAGUUUUAUGUAGUUGUUGAGAUGAAUGUGUAACGAUGUGCGCUGAGAGUCGGGAAGCAAAUUCAGGGAGUGAGUGUUUUAAUAAUUAAACGCAAUAUAAUACAAACCACAAACAACGCAUAGACAGGGAACUGAAACAGAAACAAUGACACCUGGAAAAGGAACCAAAGGGAGUGACAUAUAUAGGGAAGGUAAUCAGGGAAGUGAUGGAGUCCAGGUGUGUCUGAUGAUGCGCAGGUGCGCGUAACGAUGGUAACACGUGUGCCCCAUAACGAGCAGCCUGGUGACCAAGAGGCUGGAGAGGUAGCACACGUGACAGAAUGGUGGAUGGAGCCUCAACUCCUCUAUUUCAGUGUAAAAGUGUAAAGACAAUAUGAAAACAUGGUACAUAUUGUAGCCAAUAAGUUUUACUAUAUACACUUGUUGUAUUUUUACUAUCAGUUGUGUACUUUUGGGUGAUGAUCACAUCUAUGCAAGUUAGUGGAUUACAAAUGUAUGGUAAAAAGGGUCCGGUCAGUUUAGUUUUAGUUAGCUUAGAUCAACAACACAACGUCUCUACUGUAUAUAAACUCUGCAUCAGCACUGUAACGAUUCCCUGUGCAUUCCAAAUGACACCUUAUUCCCGACAGGGCUCUGGACAAAAGUAGUGCACUAUAAACGGAUUAGAAUGUCAUUUUGGAGACAUCCUCAAUGAUGCUUACCGUAUAUCAUCUGGUCCCUGUGCCUGCUGGAUUUGCUCAUACCGAUGACAUAAAGAACAGGUCAUCUACAAGUCCAAGGUGAAUUUUGAGCCUUGUGAACACCCCUCAUGUGUAGUUUCUGGUAAACCAUGGCUAUAUGUAACAUCAUGACAAUUCUCUUUUGUUCAAUUACUGUUUCUGUUUCAACCACAACAUGGAUAUCAGCUAGCCUUAAUGCACAUGAUUUCAAACACUGAUGAUACAUUAUGGAAUAAUCACCAAUACACAUUAUUGUAAUCUUCUUUUUUUUAGGUUUCACUGUUUGCCCUUUAGUGGAAUUAAUGUGGUAGAAUGAAAAAGAGUAGUAUAUCCACUGUAUCUAUACUAAUUUGACUGCAUAAUUUUGAAUGGAAAAGGUAUUAUGUUUGUGUCUCUGGUGUUAUCAUGUGAGAGGAUGUGGGUGAAAACAUGAUUUAAGGGAUGUUUAUAACAUUUAAUCCAUAGAAUGGUCCUUUGGAGGAGGGAUUGUUGACAUAUAUUUGGCAUUUGUAUCUAAAAGCAUAAUUGAGAAAUAAUUCAUCAAAGUUGACAUAUUUAUGAAAUGUUGAUCUUACACAGGUCUCUUUUAAGACUCCAUUAUGUUUAUCUGUAGGUGCUACAAAUCAAACAUUGGUGGCAUAUGAAGCUUUACCGCUUGCUCUGUAAUAUGAGUAGUAUUUUGUUUUCAAUAACAAUUUUCUUGCAUUAAUUUAUGAAUACGGAAGAAUAAGUACAUUUUUUGAUUUAGCAAUUUUUUCUAUAUAUUGUUGAACAUAAUAUACUCUAUGGACAUAUCAAAGUUCUCUGUUGCUUUUAGUUAUUAUCCAAUUUGUAAGCAUUAAGAACAGAGUGAAUGUGAAAAUUGAUUUUAAAUGGUUGCCCUCUGCUGGUGAUUUGCAGGAAGUACAAUAUGUUGAAUAUUCUAUAUUCUUGUUUGUGUUAUAUUCAUUAAUUCAUGUAAGAAAAUUGUUAUUGAAAUCAAAAUACCACUCAUGUUUCAAAGUAAGUGAAAAAGAGACACAGGUUUUUGUAGCACCUACAUAUGAAACAUGGCGUCUUAAAGGAGGCCUGGGUAAGGCCAAAAUGUAAUAACUAUGACAACUUCAAUUAAUUAUUUCUCAAUUCUGCUUUUAAAUACAAAUGUAAAAUAUAUUUCAACAAUCCUUCCUCCAAAGAAGCAUUCUAUGGAUUAAAUGUUGUGAAAUCUCCCAACUCAUGGUAUUAUGUCAUCCUGGUUUUGUGAGGAAUCACCGACAUCCCAAAUAAGGGCACAAACAUUAUAAUGGCUCCAUGGGAUGCUGUAAUCUCAAUUUUAGGUGCUCUUUUUUGAUGAGAAAUAAUCUAAAUGAAGAAUAUCAGUUUGAUGGUAUAUCUGAUUUAUGCUCCCACGUGUGCAAUUUUAAUACUACUUUUAUUCUGUUUUCUAUUGUGGUCGAAGAAGCUGGCUUCAUGAGAGAAAAACAUCAAAUAAAUGAUUUGAAACUAA